AAAUUUUUUAAUCGAGAACGUGAAUUCUUUAAUGAAAAAUAAAAAUUCUUGGAUAAAAAAUGGAAAUUUAGUUUUACCUACUUUAAAGCAUAAUAAAAAUUCGUUGAUAAAAAAUGGGGAUUUAUUUUCAAAUCAUAGAGAUUCACCGUUAAAAAAUGGGAAUUCGGGAAAUUUUUUUGUAAAAAAUGAAAAAUUCUUUUAUCCACCGGUACCGAAAAAAUUUAUGGAACCACCGGGACGCGCAACGAGUGAUUAUCGAAUUUAUAAAAGACCUGAAAAAUAUUCGAAAAAUACUCGCACAAAUAAUAACGAACUUUAUAAAAAUCAUAAUUUUUACAAAAAUCACAAAAUGAAUGAUAAUGAGGUCAAAAAUUCUGACCGUGCCCCCUACAUUCGUGAUCAUGCACCAGAAAAUAAUAAUCAGGAGCUGUCAGAAGAUGAAAAUGUUGCAAACGAGACUGAGGGGGAGGAGGAGGAUGGAAAAUUCCCUAAAAAAAUUACAAACGUUUCUGGAAUUUCUCCCGAUGGCGACAGAGUCGAAUUUCAAAUUCAAGGCCACGAGGGACCGAGAACUUAUCUCUUUGGCUACGAUACCGGCGAAGGAAGUAAUCGACAAUACCGACUGGAGGAAAAAUUAAAGGACGGAACGGUGAAGGGACAAUAUGGCUACUAUGACGCGAGGGGGAAAUUAAGAGCAAUUAAAUACGUCGCAAAACCUUCGGAAGGCUAUCAGGAGCAACAUCAUUCAAGUCCGGAAAUAUUUGACAAUAACGAGAAAGAAAAGGAAAAAAAAGAAAUUUAAAUUUCCCGCUCUCUUUACCCAUCUACCUUACCGACUGAACACAGAGGGGAAACUCACCAGCGAAAUUUCCACUUCAUACAAAAAUCAUCUUGACAAAUUAAUUUUUCGACCACAAACUUGAACCGAUUGACAAAAUUUUUUUUUUAAAUUAAAGAUAAUAAAAUUUUGCAUAAAACGUACGUACGUUUCAUGCAAAAUUGUAUUAUCUUUAAUUUAAAAAAAAAUUUUUUUGACAAUCGGUUAAAAAUUGUGGUCUAAAAAUCAAAUUGUCUAAGGACGUGUUUUUUGCCCCACUGUGUAAAGAAAUUAUUUUUAUAACAUAAUAAUUAUUAAAAGUUGUAUGGGAAAUAAAGAAAUUAUCAAUAAUAUCCAGAGAUUAAACAGUCAUUUAUUCAACAAGAACAAUUGUUAUGUACAAAAUAAGAUGCCAAGAAGACUAUAUUAUUUAACAUUCGAAGGAAGUACACGUUUACUCCUGAAAAAAAUACAUACGAGUUUUGCGAGAGAA